CAUGUACACCGCGCUCGACGCUACCUGGGCACCUCGACUCAAAGGCCGAUAAGAUGCAAAUGAUUAGCAUGGACCCGACUGAAGACUUUAAGAACUCACUGAAUACACAGUAUGUCGGCGUAGCAGCGUUCACGAUUUUGAUUUGGGAUCACAUUGUUUCGUUCUCUGACGAGGUAGAAUAUGUAUGGAAAGGAAACAAGGGACUUUCGGUCUACCUAUUCUUCUUGAACCGCUAUAUUACGCCACUCGGGUUCACAGUCAAUUUAUAUGCAUACUUUACGACAACAUGGACCCACGAGAGCUGCGCCCGUUUUGUACGAUACGAAGGUUCUAUGACUAUGCUCGGUAUAUCCGUAGUCGCUUUGAUGAUGUUUCUUCGGAUACGUGCUCUAUACAAUAGGCAGAUAUACGUGCAAGGCGCCGUCCUCAUAAUAUUGUUGACCUACAUUGGUGUCAAUGCUUGGCUCCUCACUCAUGGCAUUGGGGUUCCUCACUCGUCACUUGUUGAAUCGUGCACGAUGAUAUUCGAUCCGAAGAUCGGUCCCAUCGCCGCUGCUUCUGCUUGGCUGCCCCUGCUUUAUGAUACAAUCGUCUUGAUUCUCACCCUUCACCGCACAUUGCAAUCUGUACGGAGGAAAAACGCAGGGCAGAUCAUUCGAGUCCUCCUCAAGGAGGGUAUAUUGUACUUCGCUGUGAUAUUCUCUGUGACCCUGGUUCUGACCGUGAUGAUCGUCGCCGCUGAUCCCUCAGUAAAGAACAUCACUGCUCAACUCGAACUUCUCCUGACAGUUACGAUGAUGUCCCGCAUUACCAUUCAUCUGAAGCGAUUCGCACAUAUGAACGCGCUCGGAUAUUCUAUCUCCGUCCCAACGCCCCGUCCCCAACCCGCACUUGCAUGGAACACAAUCACGCACCCCUCGCGUAUUCAACAGAUGCUUCCUCCCUCGCGGCGCGGACACAUCCAGCAUGUGCAUCGCGUCGUGGACGACUCGUUUUUCUCCAUGGUCACUCAGCCGGGCGAGGGUGUGAGUACUCAGGAGCAGACAAGUCGCGUGAGUAACGUCAGCCGAGCUCUGGGAAGAUCACAUGCUUCAGGGGGCGAGAUAAUCUCGAUCGGGAGAGACGGAGCGGUUGGCCUCGAUGUCGAGGAGGAGCUUUAUGGGGCUGACCGGGUAGGUGCUCGGUCUGUCGGUGGUGGUGAGAUAGAGCACGUCGAGAGGACGAUGCAGAACGCGAAGGCGUCGGACGUGUAAUGCACGUCUUGUUGGUUGCAUACUUUGGAAGCAUAGGAUAUUUAUUCGAGGAUGAGGAUCAUUUAGAGCUUCACUUUUACUUGUCCUCUGUAUUUGGAGGAGGACGCGUAGCCAUAAUGCUGUAUUUGUAUCACAGUUACCUAGGAAUAAUGCACUCGUAUCCGGC